UGUAAACGUUGAAGGAGUUGACAGGAUCAAAUACGUUAUUGACGGCGUCCCGGCGCGGUUGACACGAGAAACUAUCGAACAAGUACCAGUACCGGUUGGACUUGGUACCAAUUGGGAGGACCGGGACGGUCGAUUUCAGUCAAGGAAUUUCAGGCCGGCGAAAGCGGACAAAUAUCAAAAUAACAAUGAAGUGCGGAAUACCUUCUGACGUCAUCCACAAGGAAGUGGUGAUUAUAGGCAAUGGACCAAGCGGAAUUGCCUUGUCGUACAUGCUAUCGGGCAACUUGCCCUUUAUCAGAUCAAACUAUCACCCGGAUGAAAUGCUAUCCGCCAGAUUGAAGCCCCUAAUUGGUGAAUGUUUAGUCGAACAGGAUUUGGAACAAUUGGCCGACGGUUUAGAAGGCAGAUCGACGAAUUAUAUAUCGGUACUCAUGGACGCUUUGCUCAGACCUUGUGCAGAUAUGGGACUUGAGAUGGAACCUUUGAUUGAAUUUAAAAAGGCAGGAAACAAGAUUGACCACAUAGUAUUGGGUAAAGGUCCUCCGGGGGGUACCUGGCACAAAAUGGACCCGUACAUCCUGACGCUGUCGCUGGGCAGCUGGAUGGCCCUUCCCGGCUUGCCGUUCAACUGUCGAGACUCGUGCGAGAAACGUGCCUACGCCCUCAACGUGGCCAAAUACUAUGAAUCCUAUGUGCAAUACCACAACCUCAGCAAACACUUCAAGAACUACGUCGAAGUGACGAACGUGGCGCAAACGGGCAGCGCGAGCCUCGAACGGUGCGUGAGCGAGAAGAGCAUCAGGAGCACAAGACUGAAGGACGAAAGGAACGAAAGACUGUCGGUGUGCCUGGACGCCGACAUACCCGAAGAACGGACGACGUGUUUCAUUUCCAACGCCCUCAACUGCCUUCUCUCCAAAGCCCACAGGAAAAAGAAUCGAUGUUGCAAGAGGCCUUUGAACACAGACAAGGAACAUUCGCCGUACGGGAAGGUGCGAGAGAUCGACAGCAGCGAUGCCAUGCCCGUAAAUGGACAUUGCAGACGGGACAAGACCAGGUCCGUGAGCCUGUGCUGUGAUACGAAUUCGAGUUGUGAUAAUGUAUGCAGUAGAUCGUUUACCGACACCUUUAAGUACAAUACUUUGAGGAAUUCGUACAGUUUGGACUUUUCGAAGCCGAAAGUGCCUUUAAUGACAUCCUACAGCGUCACCAAAACGGAGGACUCGUGGCUGGUCAACACGGAGGAGAGCAAAACUGGCAAAAGAGUCACCUACAGUUGCAAAUACUUGGUGCUGGCAAAUGGAAGUAGCGACUUGCCAAACAAACUGGAGAUCUCCGAGGGCGACACGGAUCCUGAGUGGCUGGUCCACGACCUCAGGACCCUCGAAGACGAGCUGGAGAACUUGGUGAGCGCAAAGUCCAAGGAGCCGGUGCCACCGGUGGUGAUAGUCGGCGCCGGACUAAGUGCGGCCGACGCAGUGAUCGCCAUACGAGCCAGAAACGUCCCGGUCAUCCACGUGUUCAGGAGCAAAUCGUCGGAUUUGAACAAGCAACUGCCCGAAAACUUGUACCCCGAAUACCACAAGGUUCGACAAAUGAUGAAGGACGGAGGCUCCACGUACCCCCUGUACACGGCCUAUCCAGAGUACAAUUUGACGGGUCUCGACGAAUCGACGCGCACGGUCACGUUGACCUCGAAGGACGGCAAAAGGGAGCAUUUGCAAGUGUCUUUCGCCGCCGUCCUCAUAGGAGCGAGACCGGAUCUGUCGUUUCUGCCGGAGCACAAGCACGUGGGCGUGAACAAGGAAAUCCCGGUCGAUUGUAAGAUCAACACCAUAGACAUAAACAAGACGACGCACAAGGUGAACGGAUUCAAGAAUCUGUUCGCUUUGGGCCCCUUGGCCGGCGACAAUUUCGUCAGGUUCAUACCGGGCGGUGCUCUGGCCGUCGUUUCGGAACUGUACAGACAAAAUAAGUAUUUGUCCUGAGAUGAUUUAUAAUAUAUUGUAAACUAUCAAUCAUUUGAAAAAAUAGACUCAAAUAUUGUAAAUACUUUGUUAAAUUUAUUGUUGAGAUUAUUUAGACUUAAAGAAAUCUGAAGUGCAUUACAACUUAUAUAUAUAUAUUUAAACUUGAAUAGACUGCUCGAGAGGGCUAUUUUUCUUAUUUUUGAUAGUAUGUUAAAUACCAGAUAUACAUAAGUGAUAUUAAUACUUAAAAUACUAGACAUUCUCUUAUAAAUAAAUAAAUAUAAAAUUCAUUUACGUCUAGAAUUUGAUAUAUUUUAUAGUAUUUAAAAUGUGCAAUUAUUUUAUUACAAGUAUUCUUUACAUAUACGUACUAUGGAGUUAUAGAUGUUCUAUCUUGCAAAUUAUUAGGUGCUUAUGGUGCAACUAAAAAAAUGUGUGUUAUUGUGCAAAAUAAGUUUUUAUUGAAAUUUAUAGCACUGUUUGUCACUUACGGGUGUUUUAUAUUGUUUUUUGAUGAUCAUGAUUAUUUGAAGAUCUCUUGUUAUUCGUUUUUAAUAAAAGUCUUUAUUUUA